CACCUAAACCAACGGCCACGAUCUCCCAUCUGCCUUGUCUCCCCAAACUACCCUUGUAACGUUACCAUAAUCCACGACACAUGAGAAAUCGCUGGAGAAACGGAGUUUUGAAGGCCUGAAGACAUACUGGAGACGCUUUUUCUUGUUCUUUCUCUUCCCCGAAUUUCUCUUCCAUUGCGCCGUUCUUUGAUGGCGGAUCUCUCUUUCACUUGAUUCGGCUUCCUAGUUUUCAGUUUUCUGAACCUGAUUCGAGUUGAUCAACGAGUAGACGGUUUCAGAGAUCGAAUAUGCUCGACGGAUUACUAGGUCGUGGCUUCGCCUCGAAAAGUAAAUCGUUGAUUAAAGUAACAAAGAAUCGGAUCAAUGUGAUACGGCGGAAGCGGAACGCGACGCAGAAGUUCUUGAAGAAAGACAUAGCUGAUCUGCUUGCUAAUGGCCUAGAUACCAAUGCUUAUGGCAGGAUUGAGGGAUUACAAGUUGAAUUGAACGUAUCACAGUGCUAUGAUUUUAUUGAGAAUUGUUGCGACUUUCUGUUGAAGCGUCUUUCUGUUAUGCAAAAACAGAGAGGAUGCCCCGAGGACUGUAGGGAAGCUGUAUCGUCCCUAAUGUUUGCAGCCGCACGGUUUUCUGAUUUGCCAGAGUUACGUGAUCUCAGGAAUAUUUUUCAUGAGAGAUAUGGGAAUUCUUUGGAAUUUUUUGUCAAUCAGCUGUUUGUUGAGAUUUUAGCCUCAAAACCUUCUACAUCAGAGAAGAAAGCCAUGUUAAUGCAAGAAAUAGCAUUAGAAUUUUCAAUAAAAUGGGACUGCAGGGCCUUUGAGCAAAGGAUUUCCAAACCGGCUGCAUUUGCUGAGGGCCAACCAAGGACUUAUGGGCCUUCCCAUGUCAAUGAUGACAAGUCUAAAUCAAGUAAUGGGAAGGUUGUCUAUUUACAAGGAAAUAAGACCAAUAUUUCAUCUAAAGAAAAGUUUGAGGUAGUUAAUAUUGGGCAUCGAUUCAGCAGUGGCAAGGAGGAUAAUUGCUCAAAAAGGAAUAAGCUCAACAGUCAGUCUAGACAAGAAUCCUCCUUUGAGGGAUUCAAACCAAUAAAUGGCAGGGAAGGGAGGGACAAUCAUGAUGUAUCAUCAUGGGGAAGAAACAAAGUUUCUGCUGGUCAUCAUGAAGUUUGGAAUGGGAAAGAAGAUAUCACCUCGAGGAAAGGUAGGGCAAGUAGUUAUUCUCAUAGGAGAAGUAUGGACAAAAAUGAUGGUGGAGCAAGAAAUGAACUCAACCUUCAGAGGAAACAGGAGUCAUUUGAGGGAUACAAACCACCAAAUGGCAUGGAAGGGAAGGACAAUCAUGAAGUAUUGCCAUGGGGAAGAAAAGAAGCAUCUGCUGCUAAGCAUGAAUUUUGGAAUGGGAAGGAAGAUAUCGCCUCAUCAAAAGGUAGGCUAAGCAAUUCAUCUCAUGGGAGAAUCAAGGACAGAAAUGAUGGUGGAGCCAAGCUGCCUGAAGUAAAGGAAAAUAAUGUCUAUGGAAUAAAUGAAAAGGCAAUGUUACCCCAGGUGAAGCAGCAUCUGAGUCCAAGCCAUGCAGGACUAAAUUUAAAGAGUCAUGAUAAAGAUCUAUUAGCGGAUGAUAGCCAUGGUAUGGGUGAUACAACAAGAAGCGUUCGGGAGGAUACACCUCACUUAAAGCCAUAUUACAAUGGCAUCCUUCCUCCUCCUUACAUUAAACCAAACACUAAAUUGAAAGAUAGCAACCAUGAUGCCAGGCUAAGUAUAGGAUCUUCAAGUGCUGGUUUGGACAAUGAAAUAGUUUCAAAAGAUCCUUCUAAACAUCACAAAGCCUUUGCAGGUAACAGGUCAGAUAAGAACCAAGAAGGGUUGGAUCAUCCUCAUGAUAAGAGGUCAAAAUUUUCACCUGCAAGAGUGGAUAGUCAUGGCGAUGAGAAGGAUUAUUAUUAUCAGAAUGGUGGUAUUGAUAACGCCAUUCCAAAACCAAGAUCCAAUAGGAGGAGGCAUCAUGUAAAAUCGUCUAGGAAAGAUGAUUUUGACAAUGAUGAACAUGCAGGAGCUGCAAGGAGAAGAUCCAGAGGCAGAGAGGACGACUCCAGCCGAGGCUUGCAAGUCUUGUUUGAUUAUCAGCAGCAUAAGAUUGAUGAAGAGGAAAGGGUAUUAGACGAACUGUUGAUACAUUAUAGUAAAAGCCCAUCAUCCUAUGAAGAAGGAAAGGUAAGAAGAAAGCAGUCAAGAAGUCGCCGUGCGCAUCAUCAUUUGGGCACCGAGGCAGGUGAAACCCCAUCAAACGUAAGCAGAGAUGGAUCUGUUGAAAAGUCUGAGAUUCCUUGUCCGGUUCGAUCAAUAUCCCUUCCUUGUGAACAAACAACUCAACCACAAGCAAAAGUGUUUGCCCGUGCUGCGUCUUUUCAGCCACAAAGGUCAAACGCGGAACGGCAUGUGCAUCCAAAUUUACCAGAUUAUGAUGACUUAGCUGCCCAACUUGCAGCACUCAGGGGGAGGUGAAGGAUUUGAAAUGAGCAGUUUUCUAUAGUUUUAUCUCAUCACUGCAUAAGUUCUAUACUUCUUGCAUAUGCUUCCCCGACUUGGUUCGGACGGAGCACUACAUCAAAUGAAACAUGAUUCAUCAAAAGGAAGGAUGCGGACAUUGCCCCAAGCUGGCCUUGCUAUUCUUAAGUAAUUUUGAGUGUUCUCUUGUGUGCGUCUACAUUUGGCAUUGUUGUCAUGCCAUGCAUACCUGUUGAUUCAAUUUCUUGCAACAAGUUGUAUCUGUGCAUGUAGCUUCAAACCAUACAGAGUUCUGCGUUGAUAGAUGGAAAUUAUGAUUCAAGAAAGUUUCUAUCAAUUC